AUGUCCCAGACACUACACGAGGGCUGCACGAUCAGUGACGACUGCAGCACGAUCACGUGCAAGAUGAAUUUUGUUGAGAAGCCAAUCACAUUCAAACUCAAGGUAUCAAUUGUCAUUUUCAGUAAAUACCCGCCCAAUAUGGUUAAGGUACGGAAAAAACGAGCAACAAAAAACGCGCAACUUGUCUUGCAACAUUGCUGCAAAACAAGUUGCACGCUUUUUGUUGCCCGUUUUUCCGUACCUUUAAGGAUGUAACAGGUUUAAGCCUCAUGUUCCGAGGGAGGUUUAUGUCUUUUGUUCUACUGAUUAACACCAGCUGCAGUCGCUGAACAUACCGUGCGUAGACAGCGCCUCUGGAAACUAAGGCACCCGUACAAGUGGUUCAGUUCUUGUCUUCCUUGGGUUCUGAAGCCUGCAUUCCAUCUGUUUUCAAUUCAGAGUUAUACGAUCGGGGCAAGACAAUGGAAGUUAAAGUGCAGGACAUACUCUAAAAGAGUGAAUUCAGCUACCGUAUACAAUUAAAAGCUUUUAAAAUUUUCAUAUUGUUGGUGCGGUGCUUAUUUGGAUGCCGCGCCCUCUCGAGAUUCGAAUAUGGUCACGUGUUUCCGUAUCACUUGGCCAUGUGUUUUCCAUCAAAUCAAAGACAAAGACAGUAGUUCACUGCCUCCAACACUUUGCCCAUAAACAACUAUUUUAUGAUCAAAUGCCUGAAAAUUUUCUAGAACUCGACAUUCACUGCUAAUUCAAGUUCAUCACCGAGUUUUUAUUUCAUGUACAACAGAAUUUAAAACGAAAGUGAAAAUUGGUCGUUUUUGAGCGCUAACUGACAUGUACACUAACCCAUGCGGCACCCAACAUAAAUUGUUUAAACGAGUCAAAUCCAGAGUUCUCUGGAGAGGGAGAUUCUGCCAGCAGGAAAAAUAAAAUCAAUAAGUUCGAAACAAUUUGUUUUUUUUUAUAGGUGAAGCUACUGGCCGGUGGAAAAGUGUUGGGAAAAGGUGUUUAUCCUGUGAAAGUUACUGUGAUGGAGGGAGACUUACCGAUUUCGACUAACGAUUGUGGUGGGUAUACUGAUCAUAAUUAAAACUAGAAAUGUGUGUAACGCAUUCUAGAACUCGCAUUCGUGAGAAAUAACUAUUACGUUAACAGAACACAGUAAUUCUGCAGUAAAAUUACCUUCAAUUAACUCGUCUGCUCGGCAGGCGUUCGAAAGGGAAAGAGGAUUUUAGGCGCGUGAAACGCGCGAGGGACGCGCGAGGAAGGAGGGAGGGGGACCUUGCGCCCAAAUUCCCUUUCCCUUACCUUUCAAACGCCACGCAGCCUAUCAAUUAACUUUCUUUUAUGGCACAUGCAUAAUUGCUGUUCAGUUAUCAGUUACCGCUUGUCCAGGAAAAAGUGAAAUAUUAGAAAAAAUAUUUUCAAGGCUGUUACCGACUCGGAAGUGACCAUAUUACUUUGAAACUGCUAACAGUUCUGGAGCAGUAACAGAAAAGGAACGAUACCUAUGAAUUUUAGGGUUAAAAACACAAUGUGAUCUAUUAGUGUCUGCAAGGAGAGAAGAUUUUUACCAGGUCUGUAGCAGGACAAUGGCUCAUGUAUCGACACGUAGAUGUAAGAAGCCUAGCGAUAAAAAAUUUAAAGGUAUCAGAGUGCAUCUUAAAAUCAACACGCUGUUCUGCAGGCAGCCAGUACAGGCCCAUUAAAACAGAUCCUUUCCCUAAGCAGGGAACGGAGCUUAAAAAAAACAAGGCCUUUUCCUACGGUCGAACACUUUCGACAAUGCCUCAACAAACAUAUGAAUAGACAAUCAUGUUUCAAUCUCGUCUGCAGGGGUCCCUUCGUGUCAUGCGCAAAUAUCGGGACGUUAUCUUGCUGCUUACCAAACAGAAAGCGGGAUGGGUACGAGAGAUUGAUCAUAUUCACUAUCGCAAAAGAAAGUUAGUUACACUGCGCUUGCGUUGUGAGAGUGUGUCAAACAGCUUAAACAUUUCGAGAACAAAAAAAAAAUGUCGUGACAACGUUGUGAGAACUUUGUGACAACCUUCGAAUGUUAAAGUGGUGGUACGACCUGUCCGAUGCUGCAAAGGUAGCAGUGAUUGGUGGACCUUUUUGACGAUGAACAUUACCAUAAUAUGUUGUGACAAAGUUUAAACAGUUCAACCUCUUCUCAAUAAGUCGUUACAACGUCUCACAACACCACUGAGAGCCGGUGUCAAACGGUCAUAGAAUCGGCCGUCAAAUAUGAUUAUAUAUAAACUAUGAAGCUGAAAGUGGAUACCAUUUCUAUCUGAGGAGUGUCACAUCAUUCCUUAUGUUUCCAGUGUCCUGUCUUUGGAUGAGGGUAGAAAUGGACGACGAGACUGAUCUGUAAUAGAUGUUGUUUGAGGGCGGGCUUAAUUUGUUUAAACAUGUCUUCAAGUAAAGUUGUAUCUGUGUUCUUUGUUGUAGGGAUGUUCAAGUGGUGGUACGACUUGUCCGAUGCUACAAAGGCAGCAGUGAUAGGUGGACCUUUAUUGGUUAUCUGUAUUCUUGUCAUAUACUGUUGCUGCUGCAGGUCCCGCCCAGCAAAUCAAGGUGCUGUCCUCGCUACACCUGCAGUACUCAGCGCACGCACGUGAACCAUGGCGGACGGACGUGAACCUUCUGGUCCCGUUUUGACGAAAGAUACCGAGUCUUACCAGCUUAACCUUAAAUGGUGCGAAUUACAAUCCCUUAAGCUAAACGGGGAACGAUUAACGUGGACGAAUAACCUUGAAUCGUUAAAGAAUUUUGUGGAAAAUGGCUUGAAACUACAAGGAAAGUGGUCGUCGCCCGGAGGAAACGUAAAGCAAUUCAAAAGUUCUAACAAUAAUCUCGUCAUCAACUGGUAUAAUAAGAAACAGCUAACCCUUUGUUUCCAAGGUCGAGAUGGUCCCUCCUUAAAGGACAAGUUGGUCAAGUUUAUUCAAAAUAAACAGGGAACACCAACUGUCCACCACUCCAUUCGCGACUAAGGUGACUGGCAUGCAUGUUCUCAGUUUGCAAUGUGCGUCUUCUGUACAAUUUCCAUUCACGUAGCUGGCUUCAAGCGCAAGCUGUAUUUGGAAUUCUGAGGAGUGGUUAAUUGAUCUUGCUACAGCCGGAACACUUAAUGACUGAGUUCCAGGUAAAACAUUUGAUUUUGUUUCCCUCCUACUGGAAAAUAUUGAGAUUUGAAGAAAACAAAAUUAACUGGUAUCGCGAGGGUAAAGUCAUUUUUUGUCAUAUAGCGCCGGAGGAGGACACCAUAAAGAUAUCGAAGUGUUUGAAUUGUUGGGGCAUAGUCGAUUAAUUCGGAAUAGGACAGUACGCUACUAUGAAGUCCGGCUACAGGCGUUGAACUUGAUAACUUUUGUAGCGGUUGUUUGCAAAAGUGCGAACUCCUUCCUGCAAUUUGUUUUCUAUUUCUUUUCACUUUUGUCAUCACCCUCCUCUUUCCUUUCUUUCAGUUGUUGUUGUUUUACCGCAGUAACUUUAUAUUCUUAAAAAUUAUUCUCCUCUGGAGCGCGCCUGCCCAGUCUAAAUCACCACUCUCAAAACAAAGAUUUAGACUGUAUAUAGUAGUUACUAUCAAUUUCUAAGUUUACAGGGAUUCAGGGAGUGUAAAUUUGAAUGCAAACUUCUUUUUUUUAAGGCUGGCAGAGAAUUUUUUAAAGUCCGUUUUUGGGUGGGUAAUAGGUCAGGAGGGAAAACUUCUCGCGACUUCUAGCCCUCAAAAAGUCAACUUGCAGGCUGGCAAUGAAACUAACCUUGGAUUCUAAGGUGCACCAUUCAGGAUCCCAUAAACAGUCGAAAUUCUUCUUAUGUACACCUUUUCUAUUGCAGGUUCUGAGGUAACAAACUCCUAACCUGUAUAUCUGUAUAUCGGACAUUAGGCUCUGUCCCUUUGGUGUCCGUAUUAACGAAGCUUGAUUGUACUCGUUUUGCGACCACGCCCAUUACGUUUACGCGUUUAGAUUUUCACCAACAGAUUUCAGACUACAAACCUGUUAUCACACGAUAUCUCGCGGCCUUCCUGGAUGAGUGUCAAAUCUACUUAGGGGGUGGGGAACGGUUUGGUAGAAGGCUCCCUCUCCCCACCCUCCUUUAAAGUAGACUUUUGCUCCAAGAGUUUGAGACUAACCUGUCGCGGUUUUAAAAAACCCGAUCACAUCCUAGUAAGGAUACAGAAACCAGAUAUGAGGAAGCAUGAGAAAGGGCCCUUGACAGCUUAAAAAUAACGCUUUAUUUAGACUGAAGGUUGACAUACACUUGACAGUUUCACGAACUGAUAAACCUCUCCCUCUAAGGGUUCCUGACUAAGGCUGGAGUCACUUUGUAGAUCGAAAUGUGAUUUAAUUUAUGAAAUGUUGGUUUUUGGAUGAAACCCAAGAACCCGAAGAAAAACCUCUCACAGCUGAGCAGAGAAGGGAACCUUACAACAAACUCACCCCACAUAACAGAGAGCUUAUGCAAUUACAACCGAGCAAAACAAGAAUUCUGCACUUGCAGUACAGUUUUUGGUACAUUUCUGCUCCCGUCAUGAGACGAAUACGACGUGGAAUUUCACUUUUAUCAAAGAAGUCAACACAAGUCGGCGACUUUCUUUUCCUUUUUCUGAACUGACUUGAAGACGGACAAUCCUUUUUGCGGCAUCGGAAAGAGUGAAUGGUGGUGAUCGGAAACGGGAAUUUCUAUCUGUGGCAAAACAGACUCCUUAUUUUCGAUCCAUUUUAUUCAUAACUAUAACAAAAUUCUCAAAUCUGAUUGGCUAUCAACUGUCCUGAUUUCAGCAGAGUAGGUCAGUGUGAUAGCACAGUACUCGUCAUGCCUCGCACGCGCGCACGUAAAUGGCUUUUUUUCACUGCUAGCAAAAAAAAUAUCGGACUUUCUUGUGUUUUAAGUUUAAAUAUAAGCAUAAAAUAUCACAAAUUUUGUUAUAGUUAUGAUUUAUUGGUGAGAGAACUUCGUGUCGUCCAAUUCGCUUACAGCUGAUUAAACAAAUGGAACUCCCGCUACGCGGUAGUCCGAUUUUGUUAAUCACCCGUAUGAUUACAGACCGAAUUGGACGCCAUUAUGUAUAUUGAAUAGCCAAUGUCCGAUAGAUAACCCGAUAGAUAUCGCGUGACCUAAGGAGCGGCUGUCUGUAAACAUCGAGAAUUUGCCGUCAAAACUGAAAUUUCAAAAUACUUCAUUUUCAGUCAGAAAGAACCCUUUGGUGAAACAUUUUCGAAAAUCACAAUCAAAGUUUCCAAAGAAUUUUCAUUUUCGAGAAAACCGCCAAAAAGUGAAAUGCUGCCUCACGCCGGUCUAAAACCUUUGAAUUUUACCAUUUUCAAAGCCCUCGGGAAGAAAGGCGGUUGAAGGAAACAAGUUCAUCUUUGGCAGGUAAGUAAGGCAUCCCAGUUACAAUACUAUCUGGUAAAUAUAUUGCAAGAUAAUGAAUUUUUUACUCGGUUAAAAAACGCCCGAAGAUUCCUAUCUUCAGCACUUUCAUAAAAACUGAAAUUGUGGGAAACUUUAAAGGAAAACUGAAUUACGGCUUGGCACAUGAAAUUUUAGAAGAAUCAUUAUACCUCAGUAAAGCCCAUUAUUGUAGUAUAACAUAUAAAAAAUCCAGCUUGGGCAAUUAAAAAGCAACCCGCCGAGAGAGGUAAACGCGCAGUUCAUUUUCGAUGUUUUUGCAUAAAAUGCACGCUGAAAUCGUCAUGCAACCGGGGGUAACACAAACUCCAAAAAAUUGUCUUGAAUCCACAUUUUUUCGUGGUGAUCAGGAAAAUAGUUUUUACUUGCAAAAUCGAAAGAUUGAUCAAGUCUUUGAUUGCUCUGGUAUGACUUGACUAGUUAGAAAGUUAGAUAGUGGACGAUCGCAAUGAACCAGCUCUGAAAGGUCAAACGGCCGUUUCCAUAAAUGUCAACAAUGCUAAGGAAAGUAUGGAGUCUUUUAUCAAAAUAUAUAUUUUUUUGAAAUUAGAUUAACUUGACAUAAAUAUUUUGAUCUGAGUCGUGUGGUGUAUUUUAUACAAAGAAAUUGCUGGAAAGAAAACGGACUAAGAUUCAGUCAAACAUUGAAUUGAAAAUGGCAAAUAAUUAGCCUGCGAACCGCAGACCAAAGCCUAAAAAACCGGAUGCUCUCAAAGGUUGGUAAAGCUCCAGUAGAUAUUAAAUAUGAGUUUCCUAAACGAGCUGAUUGAAAGAUUAGGUGCCUUGUCAAAAGCUUGUCAAUCUUGGCAUCUGUGAGGCCCGUGGGGGGACUCCACAUAUGAAAGGGGUGGGGAUGCUCGUCGGAAAUUUUGAAUUAAACCCCUAAAGGAGACCAAUCUGAGCGUGGCUCAAGCUUUUUUUGACCCCUAAAAGAGACCAUGUUAAAACACAGACAAUAUAUACAUUUUUAUAUUUUUUCACGUGCAACCCUAAACGAGACCUUCACGGCUAAAUAUGAUGGCGUUUUGCCAAGAAAACCCUAAAUGAGACCAAAAUCUGAAUUUACACUCCUAAGCGAGACGACGAGCAUCCCCAACCCUUUGAUAUGCGGAGUCCCCCCCCCGGGCUGUGAGGUAUGUCUCUUGAUUUCGUUGUUAACUGAUUGAAAAAAAAGGCAAUCAAUACAAAAAUAUAGACCGAUCUUAGGCUACUUUAUUAGGAAAGGAGCAUUACAUUUGGAGAGGCGGAGGGAGAGUAGAGGUUGAGCAAUUAUUUCCUUUUUUUUCAGCCGCGUUUAUUUGCAAAAGUUUUUUUUUGCGACAUAUGUACACAUAUAUUCAUAGCCUUUUAUCACAGCCCACGCUUCGUAAGUUUAGUUAAAUCAGAGUCAUCGACCUUGGUACCUCGAGCAACAGUUGUUGUAUUAUAUUUUAAUAUAUGGAGUUAAAACUCCAUGGAUUAUUAAUUUAAAACUGGUUCCAGAAUCAUUCAAAAUGUGCUCUUAACUUCCCACAGGUUAUAAUUAGGCGAGCCACUGUUACUUAAUGACAUUAAUAAUGGAACAACUGGCUUUCUCUGUUCUCGAUUUAAAUCUUUAUAGAAACAGAGGUGGAAAUAACGAACCGGUUAGGGGCGAUAAAGAUUUUCCGGUCAUGCGCAUUUUUGCCUGGACAAGGGCGAAGGUAGAGGAUUCAAAUAAAACUUCUAAACAAGAACGGAAUAACAAGGAAUUUACGGUACAAGCGGAGCGAAAAUGAACGAAGAAUUUAGUGGACGUGGACAGGGGACGAGAGCUCGGGAGAAUAGGGGGUUGGGGCACUGGGAGGGGGUUGGGACACUGGGAGGGGUUUGGGAGAUGGGAGAAGAAAGGACGGGUGAUGGGAGUUCUAAAAGGGUGGAAGGCGGGAGAAAUAGGAGAAAAUUACCCAGCACUGCUUUGCAAUCGAAAAAUGGCUAAAUGACAGUAAAAAUAAACGGAAAAAAAUUUUCCACGACGUUUCGAAUGAAGGUUGCCAAGAAAAAAAGGGGAGGAAAAAAACUAAAAACUAAUGUACGAAACAAAAAUGGCUGGUAAUAAGACGGCGAAACUAAACUGCACAUUGACAAGCACCACUACAACAAAAACUACGGAUACAAAGCGGUAAGAAGACAGGACUUUUGCCAUACGAACACUGGUCUACGGAAAAAGUGUAUAAAAGACAGGGCUAAUAACGUAUACGAAAAAGCUGGCAAUUUUUGUGAUUUAUCAAAAUAGAAGUUAGUUUGCGCUACUGAACUGCUUUGAAGGACAGGCAUUGCUUAGACUCAUUGCCAAAACAAAUUGAGUUGAUCCAGGGCUUAUCCUGGAAAUCUUUUCAUUGCAGAUUUACGGAGAUACGGCAAUGUAAGCAAUAUUGGUUCAACCAGUUCCAAAAGUACUUGAGACACGGUACCGUAUUUUAUUUGGGCAUAAAUGGCCUGUCAAUGAUCUUGUGCUUGUGAUCCCCCCUGCACAGGUUUAUCAAAGUUGCUAGCAAUACAAGACCAUGCUCAAAACUUGGAGGAACAACUUUGAAUGGGAGGGAGGAGGGAGGUCAGUAUUAUUUCUCACAGACCUGUGACCAGGAGCGAUUUGAAGCAAAAAAGGUCGGUUUUUCGUGGGAGUGUCUCAACAUUUUAGCAACUGGUUGUUUACAUCGGGGAAGUCGAAAUUAUGGCUAUUCAACACUUUUCUUUCGAAUAGGAUUUAAAAAUAUGAGCAUUUCCUAUCUAACAUUCCCGUUAUACAAAUCCCAAAAAUAGGUGAGACUUGCAUAAACGUUUUCCCAUGCUUCCUUGUGUACCAAUUUUUUCUCCUUCUUUUCUUGUGCAUGACUUUGAUUUUCUUUUGCUAACCCCACCUCCUACCCCCCCAAAAUAAAUGGCUGGCCCGUCCCAAAGCAAACAUGUGAAAAACAAGAGACACCAUUCGGAAUGAAUCAUGAUCAUGACAUGUGAUUUACACAUGAACGCUUUCUCCAACGAUCGCUUUAUCAUGGCUAGUGACUUGAUCGGAGUCAUGAUCAGUUUUAGCUCAUUCUCUCUUGGUUUUAGUCUCCUUCGCAGCCGUUCGGGCUAGAGUCACGCAAUGCUCUCCGCCCUCACGCGUGGACGUUUAUCUUAAGCCCUGUUCACAUUAAAAACGUAGAAUUUUGAACGUGCUGUGUUAAAUAUUUUUGGUCGAGGCUGGACCGGUAUAUUGGAAAACACAUCAUUUAUUUGGUCAAAAACGGAUAAACAUGCAAAGUGCAUAUAUUAUUUUCAAAAUGUUUUCUCUCAGAUUAAAACGCAAUUUACGCAAACCUGAUGUUUUUAAAUUUACUCGCUUUGAAGCUGGAAUAUGCGAUGAGCGUUUACCAGAAGUUCCGAGACUGUAAAAUGGGCGGUCCUUUUCUAUGCCCUCGUAUGAUUUUCGCGCGCGCGUGUUCCUCACACGCUCACAGGGCGUGGCAAAUCUCCUUUUCACCCUCUGCGCUCCAGAUGUUUCGUUUCAGCGUGGGUUCUUGAUCUACGUAAAAUUACGGGCUGACUUACCGUCGAAAAAGUUCCAUUUCUCUGGUCUACAAUUUAUCCUGGUAACUUUGGUAAAAAAAAAUAAUAAUAAUAAAAUCGGACACCUAGAGUUAGUACCCUCUAGCAUCAGUCCCUUUCUUGUCUUACCUUCAAUAAGACGAUAUCGUAUUGAAUACUUGGCUCUCUACGCAGUACUAGCUACAAAAUACUUGUUACACACACGCAACUGGCUAUCAAAUGGUUUACCCAAAUGACCAAAACCCUAAAAACCUUGUUCUUUUUUAUCUUCUACCAUCCGUCCCCAAGGCAGCCUGCGGGAAAAGUCCAGAGUUUCGGGCUCGGGCCCCGGCGCGGGGGCUGAAGGUAUAGUGAGGGUUGGCAAAUUAAAACUAACUUUUCAUUGUGUUUUCUUUUUGUGUGUCUGCGAAGUAUUUGUGGCCGCGUGAAACAAUAGCGCCGGUUGUGCGGGUAUCCCGUGCUUUUUUUGUUGUUGUUGUUGUUGUUGUUGAUACAAUGUAAGUCAGGUUCUCUUUAUUUUCUACAUAAAUUAUUAAACGAAACAGUCGCAUAGUUGCCCUCGAUGAAAAGUCCCGGGGUGGGAAUUACGGCCUUUUUUGUGUACCCUACGGUGGGGAAUAGACCGACAAGUGAGAGAUAGAUAGUAUAAAGGAACCAUUCAGAGGCCGAUCCUGUACUCUUUGUAAAGAGUUUUUAAUACAAACUGUAGUUGCAAGGUUUUACUCAGGUAAUGACGAACAUCAAAUGGUUCCUCUGAGUUCACUGAUGAUAAAUUUGCCUGUAAAGUUCAUAAGAGGAAACUUUGAGUACUUUCUUGGCCGGUUAAAUAACGUAUUUUAUGAAGAGGCGAAGUUCCCUUCAGUUGUUUGUUUCAAUAAUAUUACUUUCGGCGUACGAACAUUUUGUGUCAAUUUAACAGUUUUUAAUAGAUUUAAAGCAUUUUGUCGACCAGUUGGAAAGAGCGCAUUAAGGGCGACCUUCCACCUGGGUCACUGAAGCAAUAGGACUAGUUUAUAAUGAAUGCAAGCUCUUUAAUGAACAUAAAAUAAAUCAAAAAAUAAAUUCAAAAAAGAUUGCUUAGGGUGGUGUCGAUAUCAUUUGUUGACCUUUGUUGUUUGGUUCGCCAAACGCAGUUUCAGUUUCCCAUUUCAGCUGCCAUUUGAACUCUUACAACUUCCAGCCCCUCAGUAACGGGUUUUUAUCAAAUGAAACAAACUUUCAGGCGCACUGUAUCAAAAAUUCUUGAUUUGAGAUUCUGUACAUCUAUUUUUAACAUUCCCGUUCGGUACAUACAUGUAUAUAGUCUGCACUGGUCCUUCUUUACGGCGGUUUUCACUUAUUCCAUUUAUACGUUAAAAUUUAAAGAACGAUAUUCAUAGAAGACUUAAAUAUUUCUUAGAUACUACAUUAAAAUACGGUGGCCCACAACUGUCACGGCAAAAACAAAAUCCUCACGGCAAAAACAAAAACCUCACGGCAAAACCAAAAACCUCACGGCAAAAACUGAGAUACCUCACGGCAAAACCAAAAACCUCACGACAAAAACAAAAUAUCUCACGGCAAAACCAAAAACCUCACGACAAAAACAAAAUAUCUCACGGCAAAACCAAAAACCUCACGGCAAAAUCGAAUAUUUCACAGCAAAAACAAAAUAGCUUUGGUUUUGCCGUGGGUAUUUGGUUUUUGCUGUGAAGUAUUUGGUUUUGCCGUGAGGUCUUUGGUUUUGCCGUGAGGUUUUUGGUUUUGUCGUGAGGUAUUUUGUUUUUGCCGUGAGGUUUUUGGUUUUGCCGUGAGGUGUUUUGUUUUUGCCGUGAGGUUUUCGGUUUUGCAUUGACAGUUGUGGACCAGCGCAUUUGCAACUAGAAUGCCUUACUUACCUGCCAAAGAUGAACUUGUUUCCUAGGACCGCUUUUCUUCCCGAGGGCUUUGAAAAUGGGACUGAGAAUUCAAAAGGUUUGAGACCGGCGACUAUAUGGUGUGGGGCAGCAUUUGACUUUUUGGCGGUUUUCUCGAAAAUGAAAAUUCUUUGGAAACUUUUAUUGUGAUUUUCGAAAGUGUUUCACCAAAGGGUUCUUUCUGACUGAAAAUGAAGGAUUUCGAAAUUUCAGUUUUGACGGCGAAUUCUCGAUAUUUACAGACAGCCAAUUACAGCAGCACCCUUGUUCCAAGACGUUGACGUCAUUCCUGAAAAGCAUUGCUUUAAAUAAGGCUGCUGUGAGCUCUGCCACACGAGGCAGUGUGCACUUCACAUCUUCGCAUCCCCUGAUACGGACGCUCCACUUGUGGCUCCCGAACUCAGGUUUGUUUAAUACAUGAUUUCUUUGUUUGGAUAUUAAGGCAUUAUGUAUAACAUAUCUAAGCGGCGGUCUGCAGCUUUUGUAAAGGACGUCAAUGUUGUAUACAUUUGUUAAAAACUUAGCUGCCUUGCUGGUUAUCAAAUCGUUUUGUCCUCUGCUUCGUGGCAGUGAUUUUAAACUCUGAUAAACUCAGUGAGACUCUCAUUUUCGUCUGUUUCUGAAGUGCAGGUAUGCAAGAGCUUCAAUGCCUCCAUUCAGGGGCACCCAACGAGAAUAUAGUUCAAAACCACUUAAACAUAGUAUUGUUGAACGUAUUUUAGUAUUUAAACGGUAGAUAUAGGCAUAUUUUUAUCCCCUAAAAAUUUUUAAUCUGUUCGGAUUUCCUAGCUGAAAGUCUAGUGAUCCGAAAAUUAUAGGGAUCAAAACUUACCUUUUCGAAAAUUUCACCUGGGAAAAAGGCUCCCGAAAAUUCUAGGUGACCUUUUUAGGGUAAAAAUCCGUUAGAAAUGGGCAAUUAUACCAUUUCGUAGAUGUUCGAAAAUCCUAGGAGAGGCAGGUAAGCAAGAAAUUUUACAACAAAUGUUUCGAAAAUUCUAGAUCUCAAAUCGUCUUCCGAACAGAUGUUUUCCUGAAAAUUGUCGUUGGGUGCCCCUGUCCAUUGUCUGGCGUUUUUAACUCUCUGCAGCCUCUAUCUUUCUCCAUUUUCUUAGUUUUUGGGUUUAGUAAUAUCCAGUUUCCACUAACGACGUAAGGAGACUUUUUAGUUUUGUGCUGUAAUCGUCUGUACUUAGAAAAAGCUUUGUAAUUUUACAUUACACAUUCUUACUAGGUUUUUAAUCACAGAAGAUAAUUUAACCAGACCAGGGCUCCUAUCCGCGGAGCAUCAUGAAGAAUCAGUGGCACAAUCGUGUAGCAUGCAACAGUGAUCUAUAAUGAUUCUCCAACAGGAAUAAGUCACCGUAAACCUAACAUGAAAUUCAAUUACUUUUUAUGACUAUGAUUAAGUUGACAUCUGAUCGUGACAAAAUUUGUCCCUUUCGUCAAAAAUAUUCUUUAGGAGUUCAACAAUACAAAAGAAGUCUAACUAUCGCAGCGCUCCAGCGCUCCUUAACUGAAAUCAAGAGCCUCUUGCAUAAAUUGUGAAGAGAGAGCUUUCUGAACAGCUUUUUUUGCAAAAUUAGGUUUCCACAUAGAUAGCUCAAACGAUUCGGCAGGAUUCUCGCACCGCUCAAAUUAAAAUAAGGACUUUUUGCAGGUUAACCGAGCGGACACUGGGACUAGUCAAAGUGAAGAUUUCCGAAGAUUCCAUGAGGCUUCAGAAUUGUUCUGUUUCAGUCUGUUUGUAAGGUAAGUUUCCCUCCCUGAUGUAAGUUGUGAAGAAAAGUAAAAUAGAAGCUAGAUGUUCAAGUCUUUCUCACAUUGGUUAACAUUUACAGUUUGUCUAGCUAACAAUAUAGCUGAUUAUUUAUAAUGAAAUACAUUCUUUCUUCCAGAUCGUGUGCACUGAUUACAUGAAUUUGAUCAUGAACCCUCAGUGAAAUCAACGUCGGUCAUCGGUCAUCUGCGGAAAGGUAAGCUUAAGCUUGUUUAUCCAGAAAAAAAGGUUGUUGCUGGUGGAAAAAUUGUUAUCUUUUUUUUCAUCAGUACUUUAUGUUAUGCACUGCUGCUGCGUGCCGCCAAAUUAUGCUCGCAAAGAUUAUUUGGUAUCUCUUUCAGUCAAAUCGUGGAAUCGUAGUGAAAUGUAGGUCAAACAAAACUGCAGGGAUCACUUGUGUUAUUUGA